AUGUGUUUUGGCGGUCAAAAUGAAAGGACCAAUGAUCCUCCACCCAGGCCGGUGCAGAAUCUCGAGGGCAGGCCGGAUGUGAAGACGAGUCGGUAUAGUGCGCCGCAGAAUGGAUUGGCUGGGGGAGCGGGAGGCCCGUCGGGAUACCAGAGCCAGGGCCAGCCGCAGUAUCAGCAGCAACAGCAGCAGCCGUCAUAUCAGCAGCCGUAUCAGCAACAGCAGCAUCAAGACUUCGCUCCUCCUCCGGGACCACCUCCUGGGAAACGGCAACAGGAAGACUAUGCGCCGCCGGCUGGGCCUCCUCCGGGGCGUCAGCAACAGCAGCAUGGUGAUUAUGCUCCUCCACCAGGCCCGCCGCCUUCGCAUCAGCACAAUGACUAUGCUCCUCCUGUUGGACCACCUCCAUCUCAUCAGCAUAACGAUUAUGCCCCUCCUCCUGGACCACCUCCUUCUCAUCAGCAGGGAGACUAUGCGCCGCCUCCAGGACCGCCACCAUCUGCUGCCAAGGGUGAUUGGAUUGCACCUCCAUCAGAUCCCUAUGCCGCUCAGUCUAGCGCGGCACACGACUGGCAGACCGCCGUCCCGGAUACCUCUUUGUUCCCGCCGCCUCCCCCAUUAUUCAGUGGUCAUGACGCGUCAUAUGCCAACAACGCGACUGAAGCGGAAGCAGAGGCUGGUGAGGAGUGGUGCCAACAGUAUCCGCUCUCCACGCCGUCCCUGACGCUCGACCCGUCCGGCAAGCAGGCUUUGCAAUCCAACAACAUCCGACUCAUGGAACCAACGGGCUUUAGUGGCACCUUAAAAUGGCUUGCCCCGGGUCACUGGGAAGGUAGCACGGCCAAGAAGAGCCCCGACCGCUGCAUCAUUGGCUAUCCUCCUCUCUACGUGGUCAACGAGCACGACCCCUCAAUUACGAAUCAGCCAAAGACAAUUUACUAUGAGGUCAAGAUUCGGAAGGACAGCCGCACUAUCAACCUCGCGUUGGGCUUCACUGCCCUUCCCUACCCGUCUUUCCGUCUACCGGGAUGGCAUCGCGGCAGUCUGGCUGUCCAUGGAGAUGACGGUCACAAGUAUAUCAAUGACCGCUGGGGAGGUAAAGACUUUACGAACGAGUAUCGUGUGGGCGAGACCUAUGGCAUUGGCAUGACGUUUACCCCAACGGGCACUCACCAUCCUCGCGUCGACAUUUUCUUUACGAGAAACGGCCAGCCAUCUGGCGGGUGGGAUCUCCACGAGGAGACGGACGCGGAGCAAGAUUUGCCUGUGACGGGACUGGAAGGCUUUCAUGACUUGAGCUGCGCGAUUGGAGCGUUUGAUGCGACGAGCUUUGAGGUUGUGUUUGAUCCGGCCAAGUGGCUGUAUAGGGAGGCUAAAUUUGAUCUCUGA